UCGAUUAUAAACCCUUCGACAAGCAGCGACGUCUGCCUUCCUUUUUGGCGCCCCUCCAGAAAUUGCAUUCCGCUGUCGUGGCAGGAUCUGCACCUUGCAACCAAGUGGCUGCCACUGUUGCCACUGCUCCUUCAGCUGCUUAAGUGCCAUGCAUUGAGAUUGAGUUGUUUUCCUUGUAGCCACAUCCCCACUUCGCAUCGAGGCGCAUUCCACUCGAGAAAAUCGAUGAUGAUGUCUUGGGUGCUUUUGUUUUUGCAGCCGCACUGCAACUUGAAAAUGUUUUGAUAAACUAGCUCUCUGGCUAUGCAAAGAAGGGAAAAGUGCAGGAAAAGUGAAAAAGAAGACGGUAGCGGCAACUUUAAUCUGCAACAAAUGCAGCAACAAUGCCAAUUCCACCAGCAGCAGCCUUAGCAGUUGUCAAAACGUUGUUGGGGAAUGGAGGGAACAAACUUUUUGGCCAACUGUCGAAAAACAAGCGAGAUGAAAUUGGUAAAACAAUUGUCAAUGCGUCAAUUUGAAUGGAUUCCAGAUUCAGCAGAAGAUGCAGCCUCAGAAGAUAAAAACAUCAACAAAAACAAGUGUCGAAAGUUUGGCCAAGAAACUUUACCAAAGCAAUGCACAAAAAUGGUCUAAGUAUAGUCCGAUUCGGUAUACCCAAUUUGUAUGAAAGUAGUCCUUGAACCAAAAAUCUGUAAAUACAUCGGCAAAACAGUGUGAACUAGCAACAAUUUAGAAUAUGAACUGCAUAUUUACUAUUUGCUCCCUGCUUGGCAUCUCUUUCGCUAUAGCGAUCGAGGCCAACUGUCUGCGGGGUACAGGCCACAUGUGGCAGCUGAAGCCACCCACCGGCACAAACAGUUGCAAUCGACCGUCAUCUCUGGCCAGAAAUGGAACAUCAAUGGGAAAACCAGCAACGUCUGCAGUCGACAUUGCAGUAGCUACAAUGGAAGCACCCGGUCCGGAGGUUGGAGCAACCUUAGCUGCCCCUCCUGCGGUGUUUCUGGCCAACUACGUCUAUGAGUGCGCCAGUCGGCGCACUGCAAGCACUUGCAGUAGACCACCAGGGUCGGAGCCGGAAUCGAAGCCGGAACUCGAAUCCGGACCGGAGGUGCCUAAGCCCCGAACUGUGACACUGGCAGUCGGCGAACUGGAAGGGUUUGGGCCAACUGAGUGAAAGGGGUUUUGCAUGCGAUUAGACCAGCUGACGGGACGGGUGAUGUUAGCCCGAUUUAUACAUAUAUACACUGACAUAUAUUUCGUACGGCAAUAAAGUUAGCCAAACCAA